UCCAGGUGUUGGCUGUGCCGACCUCCUGGAUCCAAAAGAACGUGCUGAUGUGGCCAAAGUUGUCGGUCGAAAAAAUUGAGCGGUUGCGCGUAAGCGGUUCCGAAUUCAACGGACCAACCAAGCGGAUUCCCGUAAUCGUUUGGAGAAAGCUCCGGAACUUUAAAGCAGCUGAAAAAGCUGCGGAAGAGCUCGCGAGAAAGGAAGUGUCCGAUGUGGAAGGGAAGAAAAAGUUAUUAAAACCAGAAAAGAAACCAAAACUGAUUGAUGCCAAGAACUACAAUUUGAUGUGUGCAGGUAAGAAAAGUAAAGUAAGUUUUUCAAGACACAAAUAAGUAAACACUUUUUCCUUCAGCGCUCCAGAAUCCGCCACCCAACGCAAACCGUGACCCACAAUGCAACUUCAAGCCGGCACUUGACCAUCAGCAAACGCAAAAUUUACCGAGCCGAAAGACAACACCGUCCCCGUCACAACUUUCGAUUACGCACGUUCCGUUGGAGCAGGCAACAUUCAUUCAAGUGCCGCAAACAUCUUCAGCGCUCUCGUUACCGGUGGUUCAACAACCGAUCGUGACGCCACAGAGAAACGCACCUCAGGUUCAUCAAGCUGAAACGUACAAGCAGACUACAUCGCUACCACUGUUCAUCAAUCAGUCCGCCACCACACCACCAGACCAGUUUGCAGGUAAGGAUACUUUUCAUAUGGAAUCUCCAUUUAUUAAUUUGUGUCCGUGUUUUUUUUUCAGAAACAACAUCGACGCACUACAUGCAGCAGAAAGUAGAACCAAUGUAUUGUUCACAAAAUGAUAUAUAUUUUCUUUCGACGGAUUCGGCGACUGGCUACGGAAAUUUGGAUAAGCAUGUCAUAGCAGGUGGCAACGAUACUGUGACGUACGGCGAGUUGAAGAAGGACUUGCAGCAGUUUAUUCAGACUACAAUGGAAGCAACAGUACAGAAAUGCUUCGAGGAUCAUUUUGCACGAUUGGCCGCACUGAUGGAAAUCCACUCAAAACAUCCCAGUGAGUCGUCUGAACCAUUUGAGGACCCUGUUGAAAAUCACAAAAGGAUUAACAAUGAAUGUGAAUUGCAUGACUGGAAUUUGAAGCUGGGAAAUCAAACUCUUUGUGAUAAAUAUCUUACUUACUUCACCCGAAUCAUUCCACCGAGUUCGUACCAUUCGAAUGGAAAUAAUGCGUGCUACACGAUUGUGGAUUGCUUAUUUACCAGAGAUUUCUGGACCCGCUUCACCUGGACCGGAAUCAACCGAGGCGAAAAAUCGAAACGUGGUUUCAGAGAGUUUGGGAACGUUCUACAUCUUCUUCUCAAACUAGUCUGCAUUGGUGAUCCAACAUACACUGCUCAAAAGUUGGAGGACUUCAUCAGAUCUCGUUUGUUCCGGUACUGCAAACCCCGUUCAUCCAGUAAGAAGUUACGCCGAUCUGCAACCCGCCCUUCGCGAAUCAAGUAUACCGAAGAGAAUCCUGUGGAAGCUAUGGAUGCACCGGAAUCAGCUAGUACUGAUGUAGUUGUGGAGCAAGCUGGUGAUCGUGAAUCGGUAAUGAUUCUGGGUGACUUAAUGGACGAUAAAGAAAUGUAUGCUGGUGAAUAUGUUGAUAUUGAAUAUUAUGAUGAUGAAGAUGCUGGUGGUGAAGAUGCUGGUGAUGAAGAUGCUGGAGGUGAAGAUGCUGACGGAGUACAUGAUAAUGGUGAAGAUGACGGUAGCGAAGAUGAUCGUAGCAAAGAUGAUGGUAGCGAAGACAAUGGUAGUGAAAAUGAUUAUAGCGAAGUUGAUGAUUAA